ACAUGCGAUGGAGAAAUCCCAGCGGACAUCCCAGCUGCUCCUGUUGAAUUCGCUGACCUGCGGCCUGGAAAUCUGCGUGGCGGCCGGCAUCACCUACGUGCCUCCCCUCCUCCUGGAAGCUGGGGUGGAAGAGAAAUUCAUGACCAUGGUCUUGGGAAUCGGGCCAGUCCUGGGACUUAUAUUUGUUCCCCUGAUUGGCUCAAAGAGUGACCAUUGGACGAGUAAAUAUGGCCGCCGACGCCCCUUCAUUUGGGCGCUGUGCCUCGGCGUGCUCCUGAGUCUCUUUGUCAUCCCUCACGCCAGCAGACUCGCGGCCGUCUUCAGCCUCAAAGGCCACCGCAUCGACGUGGCCUUCCUCAUCAUCGGUAUCUGCCUGCUGGACUUCUGCGGCCAGGUCUGCUUCACGCCCCUGGAGGCUCUCCUGUCGGACAUGUUCCACGACACGGAAGACUGCAGACGGGCCUUCUCUAUGUACUCCUUCAUGAUCAGCCUGGGCGGCUGCAUCGGCUACCUGCUCACGGCCAUAGACUGGGAGAGGACAUCGCUGUCACUGUACCUGGGAGGGCAGGAGGAGUGCCUCUUCACGCUGCUGGCCGUCAUAUUUAUCGUGUGCGUCCUGGCCACCUGCUUCGUGGCCGAGGAGAUCUACAGUGUCAAGCCCGAGGCCCUGGUCGAGGUGGCUCCCAAGGAGGUCAUCAAGCCCCUGGCCUUGUACUGCUGCUCCGUGGGGCCCCCCUCCUGGCGGGCCAGGCACUCGCUGACCGUCCUGAGGAACUGUUGCACUUUGAUCCCCAGGCUGUACCCUCUCUACGGUCGCAUCCCCAAGGUCAUCCGGCACCUGGUGGUGGCCGAGUUCUACAGCUGGAUGGCGCUCAUGACCUUCAUGAUGUUCUACACUGACUUCAUUGGGGAGGGGCUGUACCACGGGGUGCCCAACGCUGAGCCCGGCAGCGAAGCCAGGGUGCGAUACGACGAAGGUGUCCGCAUGGGCAGCCUGGGGCUUUUCCUCCAGUGCGCCUUCUCCAUCUUCUGCUCCGCCAUCAUGGACCGGCUGGUGAAGAGGUUCGGGAGCAAAACCGUCUACCUCGCCAGCGUUGCCUUCUUCACCUUCUCCGCGGUCGUCAUGUGCCUUUCCCGGAGCGUGGUGCUGGUGACCAUCAUGUCUGCACUCACGGGUUUCACCUACUCCACGCUCCAGAUCCUACCUUACACCUUAAACUCCCUUUACCACAAAGAGAAACAGGUAUUCUUUUCCAAGCACAAGUUCACGGAGCUGGACGAGGCCAGCUGCCAGGUGGACAAGAAGGCUCCGUCACCCAACGGUCUCGUGAGUCACAAACCGUACGCCGGGCAGAACGGGAGCCUGCUGUCCUCCUCCGGAGCCCCCCCCGCCUCGCCCUCUCCCUCGCUCUCUCUGGCGGGCAAGGCCGGCCCCCCACUCGCCGGCUCCCUGCAGUGCGAGGUGCCCGUGGGCACCAGCGGUUGCGGGGAGGGCGAGCAGGCGGUCGCCGUGAGGGGCAUCUGCCUGGACCUGGCCAUCCUGGACAGCGCCUUCCUCCUUUCUCAGGUCAUUCCCUCGCUCCUGAUGGGAACCAUCGUUCAGUUCACGCAGUCGGUCAACGCCUACAUGGUCUCGGCGGCCGGUUUCGGGGCCGUGGCAAUCUAUUUCGCCACCAACGUCGUUUUCGACAAAAGCGACCUGGAGAAGUAUUCGGUGUGAUCCGGGGACGAGGGACGCGGUGUGCUUUUCCGGUGGGUUUUUUUUUUUGGGGGGUGGCGGGCGUGGGAGGGAGGGAGGAGGUUGGUGAAUGUUGGAGGUGAGAUGGUAAUGGGAUCCUUCGUUUUAUGGACCCACCCUCCUCUCCCCCCCCAUCUCUCUCUCUGGGUUGGGCUCAUCCAAUGGUACUGUACGUUUGUCUGCUCGUUGCCCGGUGGUGAAAGAGAUGGGGUUAAGCAUAUGGAAUCUGCCACUUAUUGGGAGUGGGGGUGGGGGUGUGGGGGUG